UUUCUAGUUAAGAAUUGCAAAGCAUAACAUUAUAUAUGUAUAAUCAUCAUAUAUGUAAACACUUCAAUUUUUCAUAUCCCAUUUUCAUAUAUCACUCUCCUAUGGCUCGUCCACUUCUAGUGAUCCACCCUCUACCAAGCACUUCACAUAUUGGCCUUGCAGUUAUGACCCUAAUGCUGUGUGCAAUUGCACUGCUUAUGUGUGCUUCUCAUUCACGCAAAUGGCGUCAGUGGGUCUCUUGCUAUGAUGCCUUUGGCGAAGAACCAGUAAUUGAGCUCAACAAUGAACCUGUGAUUAGUGGCAGUGAACCACAAGAAGAGGCUUCACUUUGGCAGAAGAACAUACUGAUGGGUGGAAAGUGCCAGCUCCCUGAUUUUUCCGGUGUCAUCAUAUAUGAUUCCAAUGGCAAUAUAGUAAAUCCUGCUAAAAAUUCUCGUUCAUUACUAACCUGGAAAUAAGGAUUUUAAGAAACCCACAAC